AUGGCUUCUAUUCAUCAUGCGAUGACGGUUACCAAUAUCAUAAACUUUAUUCCCCUCAUAUUGGAGAUGGAAGCCGGUCAAUACAUAUCAUGGGUUGAAUUAUUUAAGGUUCACUGUUGUGCUCGUGAUGUGAUACAACACAUUCUUCUAUUAGAAAUCUCUCCUUCUAAAAAAACAACAAAUAAAGACAAAGACAAGAUAGAUGACAAAGCUCUCUGGAAAAGAUUGUACUUCACAGUUCUCCAAUGGAUAUAUGGUACGAUUUCAAAGGACUUGCUAAUCACAAUUCUGCAACCUAACUCCAGUGCAGAACAAGUAUGGAAUUCGCUGGCACAAAUUUUCAUUGAUAACAAACCUUCCCAUGCACUUUACUUAGAAAACAAAUUUUCUAAUGUUAAGUUGGACUCCUUCUCCAACAUGUCUGCUUAUUGUCAAGAGCUCAAAACAUUAUCUGAUCAAUUAAGUAAUGUUGAUGCACCGGUCUCCAAUGACCGUUUAGUAUUGCAAUUGAUCGCUAGACUUGGUGAGAAAUAUGAAAACAUAGCAACCCAUCUUCAACAGUCUACUCCUCUACCUGAUUUCUAUACCGUAAGAUCUAAGUUGAUUUUAGAGGAAACACGCAAAGCCCACAGUGUUGCAAACUCAACCGCCUCCUUACAUGUUGUUGCCGAUAAACAAACUACUAAUCAGUCUGCAGUUGCGCUUAAUACCCAAACCGAAAGCAGUGAACAACAACAACUACAUCGUGGUGGCAGUGGCAGUCGUGGCCAGCCCUACCGUGGCAGUAGUAACUCCAACAGAGGCGGACGUGGUCAUGGCCGGGGACGCGGUCGCGGGCGCGGAAAUAACAUUGGAUAUAAUCUAAACUAUGGGCACAAUUAUGUGUAA